AACCUCCCCUGCACGUCAGCAUAUUACAUCGGUACAUAGAGAGUGGCAGUGUGAAUAGUCGGUAUUCCCAUGAACAGCAGAGGACAGGGCUGCACAGUGGGAUUCCUUUGUUCCACUAUUUAGGGCAAGUGGAAUCUUUGGGACUUUAUACUUGCAUCUACUGGUCAAAAUCGGAAACUGGGUCGAAGAAGCAGUGGAUUUUCUGAUUUUCUUCAAAGACGUGUCGACCGGAAUGAUGGGAUGGCAAGUGCUCUUGUAUAUCUCCGUGCUCUCUGUCGAUGUAGUGCUCGGGCAAGUCAGCUAUUCCAUUCCCGAGGAAAUGGAAAAGGGGGCUGUAAUCGGGAAUAUAGCCCAGGAUUUAGGUUUAGGAGUAGACAGAUUGAAAUCUGGUAAAGCUCGUAUUUAUACUGGUAACACCGAGGAGUAUGUAGAGCUGAAACGAGACAGAGGAGUGCUCCUUAUCAAAGACAGAAUAGACAGAGAGUCGCUCUGUGGUCAAACAAUGCCCUGCGCACUCCAUUUUCAAAUGAUUCUGGAAAACCCAAUGGAGUUUUACACCGUGACUGUAGAAAUUACCGAUAUAAAUGACAACCCUCCGACAUUUGAGAGAGGUGAGAUGAAAUAUGAAAUUAGCGAAUCAGCUCUCACAGGAGCUCGAUUCGUCUUAGAAAAAGCCAUAGACGAUGACGUUGGUGUGAACGGUUUGAGCAGCUACACCCUAAAACCCACUGAUAAUUUCGUUUUGAAAACCAUCAAUCGCGGAGACGGGACUAAACAUGUCGAAAUGGUUUUGCAGAAACCGUUAGACCGAGAGAAACACGAACAUUUAUCAUUAAUACUAACCGCUCUGGAUGGUGGAGAACCACAGCUCUCAGGGACAAUGCAGAUUAUGAUAACUGUGCUAGACGUAAAUGACAAUCCGCCUGUUUGUUCUAAACCGGAGUACAAAGCGAGUGUUACAGAGAACGCUCCUAUAGGCACUGUAAUAACCACAGUAAGAGCAACGGACGUAGAUAAGGGAAAUAAUGGGAAAGUAACAUAUAUGAUCCCCAAAUCUGCAGCAGCAAACCUGUUUCAAAUUGAUCCUAAUGAUGGUGUAUUGAUUCUCAAGGGGAAUGUAGAUUAUGAAAAAAGGAGACUUUAUGAGCUAGAUGUUCAGGUGUCAGAUCAGGGAGGACUGUCGGACGCAUGUAAAGUGAUUGUGGACGUGACAGAUACAAAUGAUAAUCCUCCGUCCAUUAACAUCAUGUCGAAAUCAAACACACUGUCUGAGGACAUGAAGCCUGGAACAGUUGUAACGAUGCUUAAUAUACAAGAUCCAGACUCAAAUGAAAACGGCAAAGUCAUGUGUGUUUUGAGCGAAAGCACUCCUUUCACAAUUAAAUCAACAACAAAUAAUUUCUUUACCGUUUUAACAGAGGAAGAAUUAGACAGAGAGAGAGCCUCUGAGUAUAACAUCACUGUGACCUGCUCUGAUGAGGGAGUGCCCUCCCUCUCCAGCAGCGUCACUCUCACCUUACAGAUCUCUGAUGUAAAUGACAACGAGCCUGUCUUUGAGAGGAGCUCAUAUGAGGCCUACAUUGUAGAAAACAACACACCAGGUGUGUCUAUAUUCACAGUGAGAGCCACAGACGCUGACUGGAACCAGAAUGCUCGUGUUUCUUACAUUCUGGAGGACUCCUCAGUGAACGGAGUGCCAGUCUCCUCAUAUGUGUCCAUCAGUGCUGAUAGUGGAGUCAUCCAUGCAGUGCGCUCUUUUGACUACGAGCAAAUCAAAGACUUCCAGUUCCGAGUGAAAGCUCAGGAUGGAGGCUCUCCUCCACUCAGCAGCAAUGUGACAGUGAAAAUACUGAUCCAGGAUCAGAAUGACAACCCUCCUCAGGUUCUGUAUCCAGUCCAGACUGGUGGCUCUGUGGUGGCUGAAAUGGUGCCUCGUUCAGCAGAUGUGGGCUAUCUGGUGACCAAAGUGGUGGCUGUUGAUGUGGACUCUGGACAGAAUGCGUGGCUGUCCUAUAAACUGCAGAAAGCCACAGACAGGGCUCUGUUUGAAGUGGGUUCACAGAAUGGAGAGAUCCGAACCAUCCGCAAAGUGAGUGAUAAAGAUGCAGUGAAACAGAGACUGAGUGUUAUAGUGGAGGACAACGGUCAGCCCUCUCGUUCAGCUACAGUCAUUGUGAACGUGGCGGUGGCAGACAGCUUCCCUGAAGUUCUGUCGGAGUUCAGUGACUUUCCACGCGACAAGGAGUACAAUGACAACCUGACUUUUUAUUUGGUGUUGGCUCUGGCUGUGGUCUCCUUCCUGUUCAUCACGUGUUUGGUGGUUAUUAUCUCAGUGAAAAUCUACAGAUGGAGACAGUCUCGCAUCCUGUAUCAUUCCAACCUGCCUGUGAUUCCAUAUUACCCUCCACGUUACUCAGACACUUUGGGGACAACAGGGACUCUCCAACACGUGUACAAUUACGAGGUGUGCAGGACGACAGACUCGAGAAAGAGUGACUGUAAGUUCGGCAGAGGUGGUAGUCAGAACGUGCUGAUAAUGGAUCCCAGUUGUUCAGGGACGAUGCAGCGGAUGCAGAAUGAGAAGAGCAUCCUGGAUGAACCAGACUCUCCUCUCGAGGUUAGACUGCUUUAAUACAUUUUCAGUGCGUCCUUAUUGUCUUGCAGAUGCAAUAAAUCACACUCAACUCUUUUUUUUUUUUUUUUUUUUUUUU